AAUCGGAACCUAAUAUCAGAGAGUCUAUAGUUUAUAAAAAUAACACCCACCAACAGUUUGCAAGUUACUAAAAUUAGUAACAAAACAAAUCCUGCACGAAGACAAGUAGUUUUUAUCAUGAGAUUCUCUUUGGUUUUAUGAGUCAGUGACAGUGGGUGUGAACCUGUGAUCUCCUGUGUAUUUUACUCCCUGAUCCUGAUACCUGCUUCUACGAGCUCAAAGGGUCGGGUUACUCUUAGUCUCAAGGUACCGGCAACAUUUCAAAAUGGCGACAACUGAAAUUGCAUCCACCAACAACAUGUUUGGACUUCAAUUAUUCAAAACUAUUUUUGAAGAAAACAAAGACAAGAACACUUUUCUGUCCCCAUUUAGCAUAUCAGUUGCACUGGCAAUGACUCAACUUGGUGCGCGUGGAAAAACUGCAUCAGAUAUGUCAGCAACUUUACAAUGGAAUGCGAACAGUGAGCAGGCAAUCCAUGAUGGGUAUCAGUCUUAUAUUUCCAAACUGCAGCAGCCUUGUGACAAGUACCAGUUGUCAACUGCUAACAGAAUCUUUAUUGAAAAAAACUAUCCUGUGCUUGCAGAGUUCAUCGAGAAAACAAAGAAGUUUUAUCUUGCAGAGCCUGUGUCUGCUGACUUUGGAGGAGACUCUGAAAAGGAGCGUACAAAUAUUAACUCAUGGGUAUCUGAACAAACACAAAAUAAGAUCAAUGAUCUUCUGCCCCGUGGGGCUGUGGAUGCUCUGACUCGGAUGGUACUGGUCAAUGCUAUUUAUUUCAAAGGAAAGUGGGAUGAGGAGUUCAAUCCCAACUUGACUCGCCCUCUACCUUUCAAAGUCAGUCCUUCAAACACCAAAGAUGUUCCAAUGAUGUUUGCCAAGCGCAAAUUUGCAUUCUUUCAAGAUGAAUCUCUGGCAUGCACGGCCAUUGAAAUUCCAUACAAAGGCAAGGAUCUGGGAAUGGUAGUCAUCUUACCAAAUGAUGACUUUGGACUAGAGGCACUUGUGAAAACACUUACUCCUGAAAAACUGACCGGUCUGUUGGGAAGACUUGGCAAACCCUUUCAAGAAGUGAAACUUACACUGCCGAAAUUUGAGGUCAGCAGCAGGUUUCAGCUGAAACCACUUCUGUCAGCUUUAGGUAUGGCUGAAGCUUUCAACGUCCAAAAUGCUGAUUUCAGUGGAAUGACAGAGGGGGAAAAAAGAGACCUUGUUUUAGAUGAGGUGUACCAUAAUGCAUUUGUCAAAGUCAAUGAAGAAGGCACAGAAGCUGCAGCUGCUACUGCUAUGUCUAUGACGCUGGGCUGUGCUCCUGUGACAACUAUUGUUAGUUUGGUUGUAGACCAUCCUUUUUUGUUUGCAAUUUUUGAUAAAAGAGCCAAUGGAAAUAUGAUUUUCCUUGGUCAAGUUGUUGACCCAUCUGUCUAAAAUUCCCUUUUAUGUGGACCACCUCCUUGUCCUGAGCUCCAACUGAAUUUAAACUUUGCAUUUGUUGUUAUUGUUGUUGUUAGUUGGCCUUCAGCCCAUGAAUUUGGACUUAAUUUAAACUUUGUUAAUUUUCCAAAGAAUAUUUAUUUAAAAAAAUAAAUUAUAAAUUUUCAGAGGCAAACUUCUCUACUGGCGAUCAAAAGAAAAGUACCACUUUUUGAUAGUAUAUAAAAUCUAGUCUUUUGAGUCUUUUCGCUUUUUCUUUUGCGUAGGUAGUACAAAGUUCUCUGAAAACUAGGUAAUGAUGGGGAAAUAACAUUUUGGUGUUUCAGUUAGUGUUCACAGCACCAAUGAUUCCCCGACCACGUGGCGGAUUUUUUCUAUUCUUUGAUUUUUAUGAAGUUAAGGUCUGUAUUUAUUUAAAACCGCUUCAACACUUGAUCAUUGUCACUUAGAAUUUAGUUUUUUAAAAUCCAGAAUAACGGCACUGUAAUGGACCAACAGCCUGCCAUUUCACCAAAUUUAAAGCUGAGCACCUGUGAGACAGGAUACUGUGUUGCUCGUGACGUGAAUUCCAACCCCAGAACCAUUUUUUUACAGCUGCAGCAAACCGUCACCAAUGCCUGAAACAAUAUUUUACAGAAAGACUAGUGUACUCUAUGUGCCGGAGAUGCCCUGAUGUAAUGAAUGCACAUGGAGAUCACAAGGCGUACUGAUACAUGUGUGACUUUUGGAUUUUCCGCGUGUCGUAAAAUUUCAGUCUCCAAAAAAAAAAAGUUUUUGCUCAAAACUUGAUUUAUCUGUGAAAUACUUUAUAUUUGAAUUUUGUGGCUGGAAGAAUCAUUAUUUUUCAACUUGAAAGACGAACCUUUCGAACUUUUAGGGUGGUAAACUUUUUUUGAUCGCCAGUAUAUUUGUAAAAAAUUUUAUUUAAAGGUAAUUCGCUUGCUUGAGAUAUUUAUGUAAACAAAUACACAUUGUAUUUUAUUUUGCCUAAGAUAUACUUUGGUGGCUAUGUUAACUUAUGUUGAUUUUCAUACAUGUACUGGGUUUCCUUAAUUAACCACAGAAUAGUGGAACCUCUCUCUUUUCAUGACAACAUGUGAUGGAUGCUGACCAUUUUGUUUGAUUUUGGUUUAACUUUAAUAGCAAAUGUUCUUGUUAAGUUUCGCUCAAUUUAAUUUUUUCUUUAUUUACGUAAUAAUGUUUAAAAAAAAAAAUAAACAUCAUGUCUGUUAUGAACGUAAGUGCUUGUUUUUCAUACAAUACACAAGAUACUCUUAUUUAUAUUUCUUAUUCCUUGUCACACUAUGCAACAUAUCACUUUCAUAGUAUAAAAUUUUCUGGGUCCAAGACCAGAUCAUUUGGGGCAUUUUCAAGUCUAAAUGACACUGAAAUUAGUUAACCUGGGAAUGUGAGGUAAUCAUAUGCAUAUGAUAUAUCAGAGCAGAAAAAAAUUCGGCUAAUGCAAAAAGCUCAUACUUUUAAUGCAGAAUUAUUUUUAAGGUGAUCAGUUGAGUAUGUAAUUUAUCCAUUUUGUUUGGGCUUUUAUUCAGGUUUUGGUUUAAGUUUUGUUUUUUGUUUAGGCGUGUGAAAUUUGCAAUCGGGGGAAUGGGGUUCUUUUCGCGAUAGCCUGUGCAUCUUAUGACGCCAAAGUCAAAAUUGAGGCGUCACAGGGUAUAAACCUGGUGCGUGGGCAACAGUGUGAAAUGGUGAAACCUUUAAAGUAAACAAAAAUAAGUACUUGAUAUCCAGUUAAUAGGUACUAAGAUGAACUUUUCGAUGGAAGUAAAACGUUUUGCUUUAUUAAAAAGUAAAGAAUUGUUGUUUAGUCAGUCUAGAUUGAGUGAUUUGAGUUGGGGUGGGCUGGUUGGGUGGAAAGGCAUCUACUAAAGAUUUUUUUAUCUUUGGAAACUUCUGUUUUCAAAAAGAAUACUUUGAAAAUGUGAUGGCUAGCAUGUAUUCUUGGAGACGGAACUUGUAACAUUAUUAUGCUUUGCAAACUCAUUUUCAUGGUGGUACUGUGUCUUUGCAUGUCAUAUGUAUGAUCGCCUAUUAUACGCAAGGUUCUUUUUUUUAAAGUUCUUUUUGUGGUUUUGAUAUAAAUGUUUUACCAGCCUAUUAUCUUUAUGGCUUUUAUGUCAAAGGAGAUUUAUUGGAUUUACAGAAAAAUAUCAAAACUGCUGCCCUUUAUGGUAACAUAUAUAUUAUUUGUUUUGAUUGACAUUGUGCAGUUUUUCAAAUGGAAGUUCUCUGUGAUAAUUAAGCAUAAAUUGUUGAACAUAUUCUUCUGAAAGAAAUAGGCCCUAUUUUAUGGCUGAUGACAUAGUCAUUUACAUACUAAAACAGCAGACAUGCCUCUCAGCCAAGGGGGAUAUUCAUGUAAGGGCCUUUUUCAAGGACACAACAUUGGACUGAGCCAAAACUCCAACUAUUAAAUAUUAAGUUAUACUAUAUUAAAUGAAAAUAUGUACUUAACACACUGUAUGCAUCUAAGUUUUUUUAGAAUUCGAUUAAAAGAAAGACAUGCCUACAAGUAUCAGAAUGAUAAAUGAAAACUUCAUAAUGUGUUUUUGUUAUGUAUGCAUUGCACAUGACUGAAAUGCAACUCACGAUCAUUUGUAUAUAUCCUGAUCACACCACUGAUUGCUACUUUCAUCAAUGUUUCUGAAUUUCCCUAUUAAUAAGAUUAUCUUCUCCUCUUUCAAAUUAAAGAAAAUUAAGUU